AUGUGUCAAGGAUUAGCACUGAACGACGAUUUGCAGAGUGUUAUUCGGCACCAUGAUGAUAAGACAAAGGGAAACUCUGCUCCUACAACAGCUCCCACUCCAAUUCCGCUUGUUAACAUCAAUCAAGAUGAGUCAGAUGAUGAUUUUGCUCAGCUAGCUUAUAGCCUUAUAGUUCCCCGGAGCAAAUCCCCUGAGCAAGCUUUGUUCACCAAACCAGUUUAUGACCAAACUGAGCAAUUGCCUCCUGCUCCAUGGGAUACUCAGGAAACAAGGAAGUAUCCAACAUCAAUGUAUGCUAGAACCAACAAGAGGCCAGAUUACUUCCAGCAUAAUGUUCCCCAACAGUCAAGCAGUGGCUCUGAUUCUUCAUAUGAUGAUCUUGUGGAACAAUCCCGGAAUCUCUCUCUGAAUCCAACAGCAUCUGCUGCUGCUCCUGUUACACCACCCAAGAAAGAUGAUAAACCAGAGGAUAUCCUAUUCAAAGACCUGAUUGAGUUUGCCAAAACCAGGACAUCAUCAUCUUCUACCUCCAAACCCAACAAACCGUUUUGA